AUGAAACAUGUGACAUUGAGAAGACAAAUAACAUUGCUGCCUGUAUUGCGGGCUACUAAUCUGUGCCAUCUGACAGGGAGGAGGCACUGCAGAAGAUUGUUUCGAUGCAACCGGUCACAGCUGCGGUUGCAGGCAGAGGAAUGUCAUUCCGACAUUAUUCCAGUGGGGUCUUUUCUGGAGGUUGUGGGAUCACUUGACCAUGGUGUUACAGUCGUUGCCUUUGAAGAAAAUGAAGACGGCAUCAAGUAUUGGUUGGUCAAGAAUUCAUGGGGAGCGAACUGGAGUGAGGGUGGCUACAUGAGAUUGCGCAAAGAUGUUGGUUUUCCAAAAGAUCUUUGUGGCAUUGCCAUGUAUGCUUCCUAUCCAGUUGUAUAA